AUGUCGUCCUCCAAUCUCUUCCGGCCGCUCAAGCUCGGCAAUAUCGAGCUCAAGCAUCGUGUUGUGAUGGCUCCUCUCACUAGACUCUUCACAGACGAGAGUGACGUCCGAGCGCCGCUAGCAGUUGAACACUAUGCCCAGCGCGCUUCUGAAGGUGGCCUCGUGAUUGCUGAAGCAACUGUCGUGUCUUUGGAACUUGGAGGCGGCAAACACACGCCUGGAAUUUGGACGCGGACCCACAUUGCCCAAUGGAAGGAGAUCACAGACGCCGUACACGCCAACGGAGCUCACAUGUUCCUUUCGAUAGACUCCCUCGAGCCGCUGGCAGACGCCGCACUUUCGACCGACAAAAGACAUCGACAGGCUAGCGAAUCAAGCGAGUUCUCAUCCCUCUCGAGAUGUGAUUCACCUUCAGAAUCCAUCUCUCACACCAUAAACGAAGAAGAGGUCAAGUCGACAACUAGAGCUUUUGUCCAAGCUGCAAAGAAUGCCAUGGCUGCCGGCUUUGAUGGAGUCGAGGUUGGUGCCAACGGCUACUUCAUCUACCCAUCAUUACACAGACACACAAACAAGUUUCGAGGGCAUGCCGAAAACCGUAUCCGCUUCGCGCUCGAAGUGACCGUCGCGAUCGCAGAUGCUAUUGGUGCUGAACGUGUUGGCUUCCGCAUGAGCCCCUCUAGCGCCUUCCGCAUGUCCAGUCUCGCACCCGAGUUCACUUCACUGACCCAGCAGCUCAAAGAACUGAACUUGGCCUAUAUCCACAUCAUCAAAUCGCACGCGAUCACAAACAUCGAAUGCGACACAUACAAGGGCAUCAAACCGUUCCUUACCAUCUGGGGCCAGUCUUCGCCCGUGCUUAUUGCUGGAGAGUUCACACCCGAGUCUGCCAGAAGCGCCCUCGACACCGAGUAUCCCGACAGCGAUGUUGCUCUUGUCUUCGGGCAACAGUUCCUUGCAUUGCAGGAGGCAAAAUUCCCGGUUGACGAUCCGCUCGGGUUUGAGAUUUCAGAGCUCAGAAGCCUGAAUGCCAGUUUCUACACUGGGUUCGUAUGA